CCUCCAGAAAGGACUGGAGCCACUGGAGUGCAGUACCCCCAAGGCCCAUCCCAGAGAGCCGCCCCAGAAGGCUACCAUGGUCGCUGAGAUGUCCAAGAGAACCAGUAGGGUCACACUCCCCCUGUCCAGCUCCCUGCGGAGGUCAUCCACCAAGGCGACCAAAGCCGUCUCGGUACUGAACCCAGGCCUGAAGCCAGACUGUGAUUGGUCCAGAAAAUCCGUAUCUUCCAAGAAUCCCUGGAGCUGAGAGGCAACCACCCGCUCCAAGACCUUGCCCAAGAAUGGUAGGUUAGAGAUUGGCCUGUAGUUACAAGGAUUGGUCGGAUCUAAUGAGGCCUUCUUCAAAAUAGGCCUUACCACGGCUUGUUUUAGGCUGGAUGGAAAUUUGCACUGCCCCAAAGAGGCAUUAAUUAUUGCCACAAACCAAUCAACUAACCCACCACUGGCCUGUUUUAAAAGCCAAGAUGGGCAGGGAUCUAGGGCACAGGUAGUCGCCCUCACCGCUCCAAGAAUCUUGUCCACAUCAUCAGGUUGCACAAACUGAAACGAAUCCCACAAGAUCGAACAGACAGAUGCCUCGGUUACCUCACCUGGCAAUGCUUCAAGACUGGCGUCCAAGUCGGAACGAAUCUGAGUGACUUUGUCUGCAAAAUGGUGAGCGAACUCGCUACACCGAGUUGCCGAGGAGUCAGGUGCCCCCCCACCCUGAGAAGGGUGGAGGAGCUCCCCAACAACUCGGAACAACUCAGAAGAUCUAUUUGUUGCAGACGCGAUGCGGGCAGUCGUGAAAACCUUCCUGGCUGCCUGCAACGCCGCGGAAUAAGCCCUAAUAGCGGCUUUAGACCGUGCUCGGUCAGAAACGUCGCGAGUUCUCCGCCAGCGCCACUCUAGUCUCCUUCUCUCACUUUCAUCUCCGCCAGCUCCCCGGUGAACCAGGGAGCCGGGGCAACUCCACGCAGCGAGAGGGGACGUUCGGGAGCGAUCAUGUCAAUAGCCCUGGACAACUCGGUAUUGUAACGAGCGACCAAGGCAUCGACAGGAUCGUCAGCCUCCAUAGCAGACAGAACCCCAAGAGACGUCAAGUUGUAAUGUAUUUGAAAGCACAAAGUUAAAAAACAACACCAACAACAACUUGGCAUUAUACUAAAUGUCCUUUGAUCAGUAGCUGACCACUUGGGAGAGCCUCUGGUGUUGCUCUAAGAAGGCCCUCCACAGUGCAUGUGGCAGGGUUCAGACUGCAUUGUAAUAGGUGGUGUGUGGUUUGCUCUUCUCCACACUCUCAUGUCGUAGACUCCACUUUGUAGCCCCAUUUCUUACGGUUGGCUCUGCAUCUCGUAGCACCAGAGCGCAGUCUUUUCAGCAUCUUCCAAGUUGCCCAGUCUUCUGUGUGCCCAGGAGGGAGUCACUCAUCUGGCGUCAGCCACUGAUUGAGGUUCCAGGUUUUAGCCUGCCACUUUUGGACUCUUGCUUGCUGAGGUGUUCCUGCAAGUAUCUAUAGAUUUUAGAAAACUAUUUCUUGAUUUAAGCUGUUGGUGUGCUGGCUGAUACCCGAACAGGGGAUGGCUGGAUAUGUCACUGCCUUGGUCUUUUCAUUGCUGGCUGCUACUUCCCGGUGGAUGUCAGGUGGUGCAAUGCCAUCUAAACAGUAUAAUUUCUCCUGUGGUGUGGGGCAUAGACAUUCUGUGAUGAUGUGGCAUGUCUCAUUAAGAGCCACGCCCACUGUUUAAUGUAGUGAGAUGUAUUCCACACUGGGCAUGUAUAUUCAGCAGUAGAGUAACAAAGCACAAGGGCAGAUGUCUUCACUGGUUGUGAUCCCCAGGUUGUGCCAGUCAGCUUUCGUACAAUGUUAUUUCUCGUACCCACCUUUUGCUUUAUAGUCAAACAGUGCUUCUUGUAAGCCAGGGCACAGUCCAGGGUAACUCCCAAGUAUUUUGGUGUGCUGUAAUGCUCCAGUGGGAUUCCUUCCCAGGUAAUCCUCAGAGCUCGAGAUGCUUGUCUGUUCUUAAGGUGAAAAGCACACGUCUUCAUUUUAGAUGGGUUAGGGUUUUCCCUGUAAUAGGCAGUAAAAGCACCUAAAGCUUCAGAGAGCUUCUUUUCAACCAUUUCAAAGAUCCCUGCUUGGGCGGUCAUGGCACGAUCGUCAGCAUAGAUGAAACUCUCUGUGCCUCCUGGCAAUGGCUGGUCAUUUGUGUAGAUGUUAAACAUUGAUGGAGCAAGUAUAUUCCCCUGAGGCAGGUCAUUCUUCUGUUUUUGCCAUCUGCUUCUCUGGCCCUAGAAUUCAACAAAUAGAAUUCACAUUAUGCAUACACAUUUAUUCGUCCUCACGCAUACAUCACCAUUUCUCCAUUCCUUCACCUUUAAGAGCCUGCUUAAGCCAGGCCCUGCUUUCCUUGCAGCCUGCCAAUGCACAGUUUCAAAAAUUCCAAAACGCCAAAAUGCAUCUUCUUUCCUUAAGAACAAUGCUAAGAAUCAGAUCUAUGUUUUCCAUACAGCAGAAACUGAUUCCCUGCAAAUGUACUCCAAAAUCAUCACUCCAAAAUCGCACUCCCUUCUCUUCCCUUGAUAAAAGGAGGCAAGUGUUUAGAAUCCUGCUUUCCCAUAGCAGAUCUGACACUCCCAAGGUACACCAUCUCCUUCCCAAGGAGCAGAGCAUGGUGGGUGAACAGCACAGCUGUCUGUCACACUUGAGAAUUAUGAGAUUGACUCUUUUAUAGGAAUACUAGCUGUGCCCGGCCACGCGUUGCUGUGGCGAAGUAUGGUGGUAUGGGAAAUAAAGUAUUGAGGAAUUGGUGGUAGUUAAGGUCAAGGGUAAAGGUUUUCCCCAGACAUUAAGUCCAGUCGUGUCUUACUCUGGAGGUUGGUGCUCAUCUCCAUUUCUAAGCCGAAGAGCCGGCGUUGUCCGUAGACUCCUCCAAGGUCAUGUGGCAUGACUACAUGGAGCGGCGUUACCUUCCCGCCGGAGCAGUACCUAUUGAUGCACUCACAUUUGCAUGUUUUCGAACUUCUGGGUUGGCAGAAGCUGGGGCUAACAGUGGGGGCUCUCUCCGCUCCCCCAAUUCAAACCUGUGGCCUUUCAGUCCAGAAGUUCAGCAGCUCAGCGCUUUAACACGCUGCGCCAUCAGGGGAUAUUAUUUCCUAAAGGUUGUGAAUAUACAAUAUUUCAGAUUGGUUUUUUUUUGUUUGUUGAAGGCAAGUAUGAAUGCUGCAAUUAGGAAAAAUGAUUAGGAUGUAAUGGCCUUGCAGCUUUAAAGCCUGGCUGUUUCCUCCCUGAGUGAAUUUUUUGUUGGGAGGUGUUUGCUGGCCCUGAUUGUUUCCUGUCUAGAAUUCCCUUGUUUUCAGAGUGGUGUUGUUUGCGAUAUUUUAUGUGCUUCUACUGUCUGUGGCCCUGAGAAAACAGAGGAUUUUCCAGACUUUGAUGAUGGGAAUACUUUGUUGGGAGGUGUUAGCUGGCCCUGAUUGUUUCCUGUGUGGAAUUCCCCUGUUUAUUUACUGUCCUGGUUUUAGAGAUUAUAUUGUUCUGCAUUAUUCUAUCCCAGUAAUUAUUUCAUAUUAAAGAAGAAUCUCACUUAUCCAACAUUCGCUUAUACAAUGUUCUGGAUUAUCCAACGCAGUCUGCCUUUUCAUAAUCAAUGUUUUUGUAGUCAAGUGUUUUAAAUUCAUUGUGAUAUUUUAGUGGUAAAUUUGUAAAUACAGUACAGUAGAGUCUCACUUAUCCAACAUAAACGGGCCGGCAGAACGUUGGAUAAGCGAAUAUGUUGGAUAAUGAGGAAUUAAGGAUAACCCUAUUAAACAUCAAAUUAAGUUAUGAUUUUACAAAUUAAGCACCCAAACAUCAUGUUAGACAACAAAUUUGUCAGAAAAGGUAGUUCAGUACACAGUAAUGCUAUAUAGUAAUUACUGUAUUUAUGAAUUUAGCACCAAAAUAUCACGAUAUAUUGAAAGCAUUGACUACAAAAAUGCGUUGGAUAAUCCAGAACGUUGGAUAAGCGAGUGUUGGAUAAGUGAGACUCUACUGUAAAUACUACAUAGCAUUACUGCGCAUGGAACUACUUUUUCUGUCAAAUUUGUUGUAUAAUAUGAUGUUUUGGUGCUUAAUUUGUAUAACGAUUACCUAAUUUGAUGUUUAAUUGGCUUUUCCUGAAUCCCUUCUUAUUAUCCAACAUAUUCACUUAUCCUGCCGGCCUGUUUACGUUGGAUAAGUGAGACUCUACUGUAUAUUUCUAAUCUUAUAUUAUCUGCUCAGAACUGGAUUAUCUGAGGCCCCUUUUUCACAGCUGUAUAAAAUGCACACUGAAGUGGAUUAUAUGGUAGUGCGGAGUCAAGAUAAUCCAGUGCAAAGCAGAUAAUAUAAGAUUAUAAAUGGGUUAUAUAGCUGUGUGGAAGGGCCUUGAGUCUACACUGCCAUAUAAUCCAGUGCAAAUUAGAUAAUCUGUGGAAGAAGUCUAAGGCCUAAAUCGGCCUGUCCCCUAACUGAAACCUGGCUGUCCCUUGGUUGCUAGGCAACCAAGUGGGCAGAGAUUAGCCCUCUAAACUGGCAGCAAUUGGAUAAAAAAAAUUAUUGCUCUCCCUCUAAUUAGGACUUUAUUUUUCUUUUCUUUUUGUUGUAUCAACCUUGAGGCGUGGAUGAUGGGUUGUGUUGUCAAAUUUUGAGGUUGGGGGGCCUGUACUUUUGUUGUUUUGUGAAUUGCCGUGAUGCCAUCACUUUUUUAUAUAUAUAGAUUCAGUUGAUGUUGUUCCAAAGUUGUAAAUGAAUGAUAGAUGCUUUUCCAGCCUGAAACAUCCUGGCUUCAUCUCAGUUCCUGGCAGAUGUUGACUCUUAAUUAGUGUUGGUAAAUGUAAGCAGCCUUGUGUUGACUUCCUUCUUAAUGUAAGGAACCCUGUAAACUUUUCAUUAACUUAAAGAGCCAUUGUCUCUGAUAAUGUAAACACAUUUUUCACCAAAAGUUAAUCAUUGUCUCUGGUCAGUAGUUCAGCAACCUUUCAUUACAGUUCCUGAUUGUAGUUGCUUUCCAGGCCUCAAUAUUUUAGGGUUGUGUCUAAUUCUGCCCCAUUCAUUCUCCUGUCAUACAAUUCAAUUAAAACUAUACAUCAUAUUUAUCCAUGACAGGACGAAGACCAUUUUGUGUAAUUUAGACAUGUAUCCAAAUGCUUCUCUGGUCCUACUCUCCAGGGAGUACAACAGGAAGGUGAGCUCUGUUAAGGCUGUGAUCUGUCAUAUUUCUACCCAGCAGAACUUUCAUGAAAAAAGUUUUCUGAUGCAAGAUCCUGGCUGGAGGUCUUGGUAUAUUUUUGGUAAUCAAACAAAUACAGGGUGUUUUAAAAAAAAUGGCCCCGAUUUGAAAUUGCGCUCUCUGCAACCACAAACCACCCAUGUAUGAAGACUUUGCCCCUUGAAAGGGUGGGACAAAGAGGUUCAAAGGAUUACCACUAGAUGCCUCUCCCCCCGACAAACAGCCCUUGGCCUCAGUCGUUCACAAGAUGGUGACCCCACAACCUGAGGGGUCACCUCAGAGGUGGAGAAUUAAAAAUUAUCCUUUUGUAGGGUUAUUUAGUUUAGACGUGUUUCUGGCCUACAACAGUUGAUCAAACGUGACCCAUUAAACCAUUUGUAACUUUUUAUCUAAUUACAGUAUGUUGUCAUCAUGAAAUAUACUGUUGUCAAAGGCUUUCAUGGCCGGAAUCACUGUGUUGCUGUUUGUUUUCCGGGCUGUAUGGCCAUGCUCCGGAUACAGUUUAGGGUGUUUCAGAAUGAUGAGCUCAGUUUCAAAGCAGUAUAUUUCACUGAGUUGCUGUGGGUUUUCCAGGCUGUAUGGCCAUGUUCCAGAAGCAUUCUCUCCUAACCUUUUGCUCACAUCUAUGGCAGGCAUCCUCAGGUCUGUUGGAAACUAGGCAAGUGAGGUUUGUAUAUCUGUAGAAUGCUCAGGGUGGGAGAAAGGACUCUUGUCUGUUUGAGGCAAGUGUGAAUGUUCCAAUUGGCCAUCUUGAUUAGCAUUGCAGCUUCAAAGCCUUCCUGCUUCCUGCCUGGGGGAAUUGUAUUUUGGGAGGUGUUAGAAACACAACCUACAGACUUAUCUACAGACCCACUUAGAAAAUCCGACAAAUGCUACGUUCAGCAAAGGACAAGAGGGAUCCUCUCACCUCUGCAGGAGUCUAGUGUAUACCAUACAGCUGUGGACAAGGCUACAUAGGGACCACCAAAUGCAGCAGCAUUGCCCAAAUACGAAUCAAGGAACAUGAAAGGCACUGCAGACUAAUCCAACCAGAGAAGUCAGCCAUAACAAAGCACCUAAUGAACCAACCUGGACACAGAAUAUUAUUUGAGAACACAGAAAUGCAGGACCACUCUAACAACCACCAUGUCAGACUACACAAAGGAGCCAUUGAAAUCCACAAACGUGGACAAUUUCAACAGAAAGGAGAAAACCAUGAAAAGGAACAAUCUGGCUACCAGUAUUAAAAAAAAAUCUCUAAAAUCAGGACAGUAAAUAAAGAACAACACUGAAAAACAGAUGAAUUCCAGACGAAACAAGGCCAGCUAAUACCUCCCAACAAAGGAUGUUUCUAGACAUGGAAGCAGCUAGACUCUGAACCUGCUAGGCUUUUUAGUGCUAAUCAAGGUGAUUAAUUGCAACAUUCACAUUUGCCUCAAACAGACAAUAGUUCUUUCUCCCAUCCUGGACAUUCCAGAUAUAUCAACUUUCUUUGCCUAGUUUCCAACAGACCUCAUACCCUCUGAGGAUACCUGCCAUAGAUGUGGGCGAAAAGUCAUGAGAGAAUGCUUCUGGAACAUGGCUAUACAGUCCGGAAGACUCACAGCAGCCCAGUGAUUCCGGCCAUGAAAGCAUUCGAGAACACAUGAAGAUGCCUAUAUACCUAAGGCGGGACUCGAACCCCGUUCCCCCAGGGCUAUAGAACCUGAGGCUCUCCCGCUACGCCACGCUGGCUCCGUUUACAGACUCAUCCUGAGGCGGGACACGCGGCAGAGAGCCCUUGCCAGGAUUGGACAGAGCCUAAGAAAAAAAAACCAAACCCGCCCUGGUUCGGCCAAUGGAGGUCCGAGGACCAUUAUGAUGCAGGGGGGAAGAGUGUCCAAUCACGGUUCUCCCCCCCCCCCAUCCCCUCGCAGUGAUGGCGGCGGGAAUGAGGGAGGAGGUCUGCUUCGGGCAAAGAGAAGACGAUGGCGGCGGCGAGGAAGGCCGCGGGGAGGGGGAAAGGGCGGAGGAGCCCCUCCGGGCAGAAGCGGAAGCGUCCCCGCAGAGGGCGCUGAAGUGGUGCGUCUCGGGGUGCUCUGCGCCGCCUUCCUAGGCCUGGGCAUGGCCAUUGCUGUCCUGGGGCCCACAUUUCCAGACUUGGCUGCAAACGUGAACAGAAAUGUCAGUCAGAUCUCUUUUAUCAUCGCUGGCCGUUCCUCAGGGUAUUUAGGUGGCUCUCUAAUUGGCGGAUUACUCGUCGACUGCAUGAAUUCCCAGAUUAUCUUGAGCUUUUCUAUGCUGGCUACAGCUAUGGGCCUGUAUGCCAUCCCGUGGUGUAAAACGGCAAUCUUGCUCACAGCCAUGAUGUCUGUCAUUGGUUUUUCAAUGGGAGUCCUGGAUACAGGAGGCAAUGUUAUGGCUUUGGACACAUGGGGGGCAGAGGCUGGUCCGCACCUACAAGCCUUACAUUUCAGUUUCGCCCUGGGUGGUUUUGUGACCCCCAUCUUGGACAAGAUGGUGCUGGGCGGCUCUGCUGUGGACCCGCAGGACCAUCCGGGUGGCACAGGUGACCAUCAACCCACUGUUGACUCUCCCGUGUCAUCAGAGCAGCUACAUUUCACCAUGAAUGUGAUGUUGUCUUAUAUUGUGAUAGGCACUUUCGUCUUGCUCGUGGCAUUGUUUUUCUGUCUUUUAUAUUGGAAGAGCAGUUCUGCUCGUGACAGGAGGAAGUUUUCUGCACAGAAAUACAAGUUUGCCAAAUAUCACUAUGCCCUCAUAAUUCUGCUCUCUGUAUUCUUUUUCUGGUACGUUGGAGCAGAGGUUGCCUACGCGGCUUACAUUUUCACUUACGCAAGGACACAUGUGGGCAUGAAGGAAAGUGAAGCAGCUGGGUUGAACUCUGUCUUUUGGGGGUCAUUUGCAGCUUGCAGGGGACUGGCAAUCUGCCUGGCUGCCUGCUCUCAUCCUGGAUCGAUCAUCCUUCUGAGUAUCAUAUUGGGCAUUGUGUCCUCCUUGUCACUACUGUUCAGCACGCACCCGGUUUCUCUGUGGCUUGGCUCUGCGGUGUAUGGAGCGUCAGUGGCCGCCAUCUUCCCCAGUGGCAUAUCCUGGGUUGAGCAGUACACUACCAUCCAAGGGAAGUCUGCCGCUGUGUUUGUCGUGGGUGCCGCCAUGGGGCAAAUGUGUAUUCCUGCCUUGGUGGGCUUCCUGCAAGGACACUACCCUGCGGUCCCGGUGCUUAUGUAUACUGUGUUGGUGUCCACAGCCAUGAUGGCCAUGCUGUUCCCUGUUCUGUAUAAAUUAGCUACAUCCCCAAGUGAUCCUAAGUGGAAAGGUGCUGGAGAUGGGAACCUCCAGGAAGCGUUGUUGUCCAACUCUCACCUUGAGGAAGAGGAUGAGGAUGACAAGGAGGGCAAGGAAUGGAAUGAGGCAGACUUUGAAGUAAUUGAGAUGAAUGAUACCCGGCAGAAUUCGGUCAUCAAAACAUCUACGAACAUCCAAGGGGAGUCUACACUUGCCACAUCCACCCAUCCUCCUUCAAGAAAGAUAUGUAAUCCUCCUGUGGUUUCUAUUGGAUCCCCAAGACAAAAGACUUCAAGUAAAAAUGACUACAGCUCUCUUCUAGAGCAAGAGGUAUUGGUAUGUCGUAAUGCAGUAGAGAUGGGAAGCUUGGUAAAGCCCAGUUGAGGUUACUUUGUUUAAAAGAAUGAGUAAUGUACCAUGGAGGAAUUAUGUGGCAGAGCUCAUUUGUAUGACCAUGAUGAUGGUAGAAAAAUACGACAAGACAGAAUACUUCCUAACAGUCAUGCUACCAUUUGGGAAGCUCUUAUGUCAGAAUGUUCAGGUGGAAUCCUUUUUUCUGCAAUUUCCACUUCUCUUGCAUCCCAUCUGGAUAUCAUUUGUGUUUGGAUGCUGUUGCAUCUUUUAAAAACCACACUUAAAAGUGUCAUUUGUAUAUUCUUUUGAAAAACAAGAGCAUUACCAUUUGAGAACAUGUUUAAUUUCCCCAUAUUUCUGUAUGCUUUUUACAACCAACAGCUAUUUCUGUAUUAUUCUUCACAAAAGUUUCCUUCUUGAUCAAGAUAGUACUGAAUAGUCAGCAAUUCACAUUCACUGGGGGGUUAGAGGCAUAGGAAACCCAUGAAAUAUCUUUUUUUUUGUACCUGAGAGAACACCUCUCUGGGAAUUUCUCUGUCAUCCAUUAUAACUUUAUGGCCAACUGCUGCUGGAAUCUGACCAUAGGCUUAUACCAGAUGACCUAGAUAUGCUGACACAGAAUUCUUAAAAUCAAAUUUGUGAACAAUCAAAUCUGAUAAAGUCAAACCCACAGGUAUGUUUGUACUUAUAUAAUUGGAGCCAUCUUUAGUAAGAAAAAAAACCCAGAUUAUUAGUCUUCCACUAAGGGUAGUUGUAUAGUAAUAUAAGAUUCCCUUCGCAAAAUUCUUGAUUUACUUGUGCUAGAACAUACACAUUGUAAUCUUUUGUUAUAACCUCUCCUUUUGUUAGGAAAAGAGUAAGGCUGCUACGUGGCAAUAUUCAAAUGAUAAUGCAAAUGUUACAGUGGAAUGCUGCCUUUUGAUAAGAAAUGCUGUAACCUAAAUUCACCAAAAGUUUUAUUUCCAUAUUUUGGAAAAUGGAGGAUUGACUAAAUACAUUUUUUGCAUAUACAGUAAAGCCCCGCUAAUUUGAGCCCCGCUCAUCCGAGCGUCCGUGCUAUCUGAGCCAAAUUCCUCCUCCACCCCUCACUCACCCCGCCAGAUUCCGGUGCUGCCAGAACCCAGCCAGGUGAGUGAGCAAGGGACGGAGGGCGGGCUCUCUCUCUCGCUCCUUUGCCAGGCCGGGCGCUGGUGCUGCUAGCCCCGGCGUGGCAAAGGAGCCGAGCCACGGAAGGCGGGCGAGUGAAGGAGGAUGGCCACAAAGGCUCUUCCCAUUCACCUGCUCGCUGGCUGGCUCCUUUGCCAGGCCGGGUGGCGGUGCUGCCAGCCCCGGUAUGGCGAAGGAGUCGAGCCAUGGAGGGUGGGCAAGUGAAGGAGGAGGGCCACAAAGGAAGUUGUGAGGAUGCCUGCCAUAGAUGUGGGCGAAACGUCAGGCCAUGAAAGCCUUUGUUUGCUUUCUCUAUCAGGGAUAGAGCCCCGGUGGCGAAAUGCGUUAAAGCACUGAGCUGGAGAUCGAAAGGUGCCAAGUUCAAACCCCGGGAGCGGCCGGAGCGGCCUCUGUUAGCUCCAGCUCCUGCCAACCUAGCAGUUCGAAAACAUGCCAAUGUGAGCAGAUCAAUAGGCGGGAAAAUAACGGCGCUCCAUGCAGUCAUGCUGGCCACAUGACCCUGGAGGUGUCUACGGACAACGCCAGCUCUUCGGCUUAGAAAUGGAGAUGAGCACCAACCGCCAGAGUCAGACUUAACGUCAGGGGAAACCUUUACCUUUACCUAUUAGGGAUAAGGGAUCUUAGUCCCUUCUGAUGGUUUGAACGACAACUCCCACAGCCUUCACCAUUUGUAAAAUCAUAACGAAAUGUGACAUUUAAUAGGCUUUUCUGUAAUCCCUCCUUAUUAUCCAAGAUAUUUGCUUAUGCAAGCUUCUGCCAGCCCGUUUAGCUUGGAUAAGUGAGACUCUACUGUAGUUUGUAACAAUACAAAACUGUGGUGCUCGGGAGCAUGUAAUGAUCACAGAGUUGAACAUGUUUGAACUUGGGAGAGACCUUCACUCAAGUUGGCAAAAGGUGAGUCAUUCUGGUGAAAUUUCUAUAGGAAAAGAGAAGGAAAAAGGCUGCAGGUAUGGUCUAGUGUAGAAUGUGGAGAAAGAUGAAUGUGGGCUUACUUUGAUCAUGACAUUUAGAAUAUUCCUUCCAAAAAUAUCAGGUACAGAAUUGGAAUUUAAAAGGGAAUGCAUGGACUAUCUCGGCACAGGUAAAUUUGCUGUUAAUGUAGUGGAAUUUGUUAAGUUGCCUUAGAUCGCAAUAUAAUGUUGUUGUUUUUGCUUAUUCAUUCUGAAACAUGAGAGACUAGAAUUUUUAAAUGAAAGACUAUCAUUACCUAUGCCUGUAAACUAGUAAAUGUAAAGUGAAAUUGAGACUACCUCACAGUUGUGUUCUGUGAUAAAGCAUGCCGCAUUGAAAGUUGACAAAACAAGAAUGUAAUUUUUAAGAUAAAGAGUUAUGCCAUAGUAAUUUAGGAUUGGAUUUCUAUGCUAGUAUUAAUAUUUUUAAAUCUGCCAUAUGUACAUUUGGUUCCGAAUGUCCACAUCAGCGGAACAUCAAUGCAUUUAAAGUUUUUCAUUCUUAAUACUUCUUGCAGGGAUGUAUCUAGUGUUUAGUUCAUGCAAAGAACAGACUCCAAAGAGAGAGGAUGAAUUUGCUCAACGUUACCUCCAUUAGUAGCCUCUCAUACUGUAUUUCAUAUUACAUAUUUCAAAAGAAGGGUGCAUGUGGGUUUUUUUUAAGCUUUUGAGAUUUCUGUUUAUAGUCUAUGACCAUUAUAAAUUCUCUGCAUAAAUGCAGAGGAGACUUAUCACACAACAGGUGGAGCUGCUUUUGCAGAAUUCUAAAUCCAGCAUUCUUUUGGCCAGCAUUUUUGCUUUUUGGUUCUGGCCAAAAUCUAUUUGUUAGAGUUUUCAGCAGUCAAAAGCAUGGUGAAGACGUUAGGAAUUCUGUACUGGAGAAUGUUGGUGUUUGUUAUAUAAACUUAAGGGAUUUUUAAAGUCAUUUUAAAGGAAAAAAGACUUGCUGUAGUUAUAAAUGUUAUAUUUUCUUGAAGACGCGUGUCCCUCCUGGUGGUGUAUGGGUAUUUCUGGUAUUUGUUUGUUUGUAGUUAACUGGCAUUAUGAAACAGAUCAUCCCUGGACCUUGACUUGCACAUUUUGGCCCUUUGUUUUAACUCUCAAAUGUGAUGUUUGCCUUAAAUGUUAAUUUGGGUAUCAUUAAUGUACUUUGUCUUGUUAAGCACUUCCACCGGUGGAGUGUUCUAUUAUGCAUCUAGGAAGAUAAAUGAGUGUUUACAGGGGUGGAGGGAAAUGUGAUAUUUUUCCUUUAAUACAUUAUUUAUUUACUAAAGAGCUGUGAGCUUAAUUUCUUAAGGCGUCAGGGAAUCAGUUCUGUAAGUGUAAAUCAUGAACUGCACUGAUAAAUUGUCCUGGAAGAAGUGGGUCCAGUGUACAUGAAUCUAAAUCCAGUUGCUGGUCCUACAAGGGCACAAUAAAUACUGUUUUCUAUUCAA